AUGUCUUCAUCACCGCAAUUUGAUACGACUUCAGGUACAACUGUUGCAUCGGAUGUAAUUGGUUUACAGUUGCAGAGUUCUUUAUUAUCUACUAAUCUUAUUAAUGACAUGACAAGAAUGAUAAUAAUAUCAAAAUCAUUUACUGACGCAAUUGCGGGUAUCAUAGAAAAUCAAUUGAAACAAUACGAGAAUCGUAUUAAACAAUUAGAAGCAGAAUUAAAGCAAAUAAAUGGUCAUUGGCGUGAUUUAAUAAUACACGGUAUUCCAUUUACACAGGGAGAAGAUACAUCACAAAUAGUAUUAGAUCUGGCUAAAUCUGUGGGUGUUAAUUUGGAUAUUAAAGAUUUUUAUGCAACUCAUCGCUUAGGAUCACGUGGUAAGCAACAUUCACCUAUUAUUGCGGCCUUUAUACGUUAUUCAGAUAGACAGCAGUUAUUUUCAAAACGGAAAGAUCUUGGUAAAGGUAUUAAUAAACAAGUUUUUAUAAAUGAGCAUUUACCAUCGUUAAAUCAUCAACUGUUUAUUUAUGCUCGUCUACAUUCUUCUUUGCGUCUACCAUUUUGUUGUGAAAUGGGAAACGCCCCUGCCGCUGUUCCACAAAGUAAUAUUCAAUUACUAACUAGAAUCGAAUCACUCACCGGCUACAGAUUUAAAAAUCUACAGUUAUUAGAACAAGCAUUCACACAUGAUAGUGUGCGUGUUGGAAAUCGUAAUGCUGCAACAUAUCAACGUCUAGAAUUUUUGGGCGAUAGUGUAUUGCAUUAUAUUAUUACUGAGUAUUUGUAUCAACAAAGACCAACGGCAAAUGAGGGCGAACUUACAAGAGCACGAUCAAAUUUGGUAGACAAAGUAAAACAAAGUGAAAUAGCAAGCACUCAUGGGUUAGCAGACUUAGUUGAUUUUGCACCGGGUGUUGAUAGGACAAAAUUUUUGGGUAAUCAUAAAUUCGUUGAAGCUCUCAUCGGUGCAAUCCAUCAAGAUGGCGGAGUAGAACAAGCGAAAAGAUCAGUUUAUAAACUAUGGAACCUUACAUAG